AUGACAUACCGGUCUCCCCCACGUCUCUCGCGAAUGGCAGACCGUAACAAAGACACCAUUAUCGAAGUCUCUGAUGAUGACUCUGAUGCUGCUCCACCCCGUCAGUUGCGGAAAUCCCUUCAUCGAUACCCAGUCAACAAAGCUUUGUCAACCACUUCAGCUAGUGAUGCCGAUGUCUCCGAGCUGGAAUCUGCAGUAAAGGGCCGUCUAACUCAUGAACCCCGAGCCCUCAAGAGAACAUGGACUCCCAGCACCUCCCUAGACGACUCACCACAAAUUGCGUCUGGAGAUCGUGGAAAACGUCGUGUCAACGCACCCUCUGAUGCCAUGAUCUCGAUGCGCCGCAAUGAAGCUGGUUCUGGUCUGCAACUCUGGCAUCACAGACACAAACGAUAUGUUACCGUGUCCAAACAACCAACUGUCAGUGCCAAAAAUGGCACCCAACACUACGCAAAGUCCGAGAAGAAGGCAGCGCCACAGCCACCGUACUACGUCGAUGGUCGGCUCGACGUCAAGAUGUAUCGAGGGCCAGGUUACGAGCGCUUCCCGGUAGUGCUUGGCACUGUUGACGGACACCAAGAGCUGUGUGAUAGCUGGGACGCAGAACAGGUUCUCAAGCUGGAGAGAAAGGCGUUCAAGUUGCGGCAAGCAAUUCGAACCCCUUACAUUAUCCAUGGCUCCGAUUCUGAGACAAGCAAUGACGAGAUAGAGGAAGUUCAGGGGGAGAAGACAUUCGAAAAGAGGUGUCUUGCUUGUGUUAUCGAAGUCUUUCCAGACAUUGAACGCACCUUUGUCGAAAAGAAGAUUCAAGAUGCACCCCCGCAGCCCCAAUAUUUCGACGAACAUGAUCAGGAGAUGAUCGAUACCGGCGCCCCGCCCCUUGCCCAAAGAAUCAUUGCCGACAUCCUAGAGAUGCAGGCAUAUCCGAAGCAACGUCCUGCUCACUCAAAGACCACCUGCAAAGGGGCUGCGAACGAUGGCACUGGCAUUACCAUCACCUGGGACAGAGGCCUCCCAAAGGACAAAAUGUACAUAAAAGAUGCCAUCAUUCUACUCGCGAGGCACUUUGUGAAUGUCCCUACCCACUACAUCGCCAAAGUGGUAGAAGACAAAAAAUCCAUCUUCGACUCCUAUGUCACCAUCCAGGGACAAGAGGAUCGAUAUUACUCGCUCACACCCAGACCAUACAAACGUUAUGUUAAGCCAAGAACUGAGGUGGAGCAGACAUACCAGCUGGCAAUAGGGGACCGCCGCAUCCCAGCAGAAUACGCCAAUAGAGUCAAUGAGUUGCAGGCGGCGAAGCAGUUCUCAGCUCGCGAGGCAAUCAAGGAGGCUGUCAAGACGGCCAAGGAGGAAGCUGAAGCUUUGAAUUUGGCAGAACAUGUCAAGACUGGGGCAGUCAUGGAAUGCCAGUGCUGCUUCGACUCAGAGACUCCUCUCAACCGCAUUGUCUCUUGUAUGGCAGAUGUCCCGCAUUUCUUCUGCUUCACCUGUGUCGAAGGCCUAGCCGACAAUCAGGUUGGCAUGUUAAAGUAUGAGAUGCGCUGCAUGGAUGGUGAUGGCUGCACGGCGGAGCUUUCUCACGAGGACGUUGGAAGAGCAGUCCCGAUCACCACAUUUGAUCGUCUUGAACUCAACAAGCAACAAGCCGACAUCAUGGCUGCCAACAUUGAAGGCCUAGAGCAGUGUCCACACUGUGAAUACAAGGCAAUUUGCCUGGAUGUGGGACAGGAGCCCAUCUUCCUUUGCCAGAAUCCAGAGUGUUCUCGUGCAACCUGCAGGAAAUGCGGGAAGGACAGCCAUAUUCCCAAAUCUUGCGAAGAGAAUUCUCUCGACAAGACCUUGUCUGCACGCCAUCUGGUGGAAGAGGCCCGCUCGGAAGCCAUUAUUCGAACAUGUCCCAAAUGCAAAGCCAAAAUUCUCAAGGACUUUGGAUGCAACAAAAUGGUUUGCACCAGAUGCGGCUGUCGGAUGUGUUAUGUUUGCAAUGCAGACAUAACACAUCUUGGAAGCAAUGCCUAUUCCCAUUUUGGCAACAAAUGUGUACUGUAUGAUGAGCUGGGUAUCAAUCGACACGAAAGUGAAGCGAAUGCGGCAGAAAAAGGUGCCAUCACCAAGGCCAAAGAGAUUGAUGCCGAGCUUGAUGAAACCAAGUUGCGCAUCGACACUGAUAAACCUGCGAACCGACGACCUUCAGCCUUGCUAAAUCACCCUGCCGCCGAGGUCUUCCUUCGUGAUCUGAAUAAUCGAGCUGCUCGUCUGAAUAAUCGUCAAGCAUACCUUCACAACUUGCAAACUCGUGUCGAUCGUUUGCAAGCUCUGCGCCCAGAUCGAGAACUCGAGGAUAUUCUGGCAGGAGUCCAUCGAUUGGACCGCGCUCGCAGACACGCGGAGAGACCACAACCAAAUGAUUCAAGAGAGCAUCUAACUCAGUUGAUGGAGCUCUACCAGCGAGCACGCCUGAAUAUUAUUCAGCAUCCACCUCGUUUGGGGGAACAACUACAGCAGCCACCGCCACCGCUGGGUGGCCACGCACUCGCGCAUGGUCAAUAUCAAGCGCCGCUCACUGCGCCGUUCAACCCAGCUGUCAACCCACCGACUCUUAUUCCUCCCAUUCCCAAUAGGCCGGUUCCUGCAGCAGCAGCAUUUGGGGACCUCGCGAUGGCGAGCAGCAACAUCCCUAAUGUAAUAAUUGAGGACCGCCAUUUUGGCAAUUCAAACCUUGACUUCAACUUUGCUAGAGCACAAGCGACCUUGCCAAACCCAACUGGUCUUGUUCCAGUGACCCGUAUGGCCCAAGAGCAUCGACAGGUAAAUCAACCACUUCGCCGGGCAAAUAAUCUGUCGUACGGUCAAUACCGUGAAGCCCCGUAUGCUAGCCGCACAGCUGGCACAAGCAUGGGAUCGAACAAUGUCCGCGGCCCGGCUGGUGCUGCAAUGCCUACGUACAGCCUUCAAUACGACCACCUUCCUUUGCCAUUCCCUUAG